ACUCCCCUCCAGAGCGCUGAGGUGGGAGCAUCCUGGAGAGGUGAGAGAGAGGCAGUCACAACUUAGGACUGUAGGUUUCUGGAGGAGGGAUCUGAUUUCACUCCCCUGUGCUCACUCUAAGCGCACAUCAGGCGUGGAGGUGCUCUCUGCUUCAGACAAGGGUAAAAAAGACCUAGGCGUGUGAUGAUUCUGCCUCCCUUACUUGUACAGACAGGAAUGUUUCCUGGUUCUUCUUUGUACAACUCACAGCAGAGGGGAUGGGAAACUGUUUUAUAGCUCUCAAAACACAUGCUCCGUAAGAAUGUCGGAGGCCAUCCGUUGCACUCUGGUAAGCUGCAGCUGCCAGUGCUUCAAACCUGGGAAAAUAAACCAGCGACAAUGUGACCAGUGUCGGCAUGGAUGGGUAGCACAUGCCUUAAGUAAGCUAAGGAUCCCUAACCUAUACCCCACAAGCCAAGUGGAAAUUGUCCAGUCUAAUGUGGUAUUUGAUAUCAGCAGCCUCAUGCUGUAUGGAACUCAGGCAGUUCCUGUCCGUCUCAAAAUUCUCUUAGAUCGGCUUUUCAGUGUCCUGAAGCAAGAAGAAGUCAUUCAUAUCCUCCAUGCUCUGGACUGGACACUUCAAGACUACAUACGUGGAUAUGUCUUACAGGAUGCUGCAGGAAAGGUCCUGGACCACUGGAGUAUCAUGACCAGUGAAGAAGAACUGGCUACUUUGCAGCAAUUUCUGCGCUUUGGCGAGACCAAGUCCAUUGUGGAGUUAAUGGCGAUUCAGGAGAAAGAAGGGCAGUCCAUCAUCAUCCCCACAACUGCAGCCAAUAUGGAUAUUAGGGCAUUCAUCGAAAGCUGUAGUCAGAGGAGUGCAAGCCUCCCGGCUUCCUUGGACAAAAUGAACCCUGUCAACAUCCACCACUUUGAGAACGUUGUCAACAACAUGGCCUUCAUGUUGCCGUUUCAGUUUUUCAGUCCUGUUCCUCCGCCCCUCAUAGGUUCACCCCCUGAGAGGCUUUUGAUGGAGCAAAGUCAGGACUGCAGCAAUGAACUCAAGCAAGAUGUUCCUAUACAGUUUGCGGAAAACAGCUUCCUAACUUCCGAGUCUUCAUUUCAAGGUGAAAAGGAGGUGGCCUCGACCAGCCCAGAUAUCGCUUUGAAGGACGACACUUCUCCAAGCGAUUUAAGUUCGCCCAGCAGCAUCACAAAGCCUGAAAUGAGCCAGCUCUCCCCAGAAAGUAAAAUAAAAUCUGUCGAUAAAAACGGCUUCGCCACGAGGAGAGGGCGUGUUUUUUGUACAGCGUGCGAAAAGACCUUUUACGACAAAGGGACUCUGAAGAUCCACUACAACGCUGUCCACCUGAAGAUCAAACAUAAAUGUACCAUUGAAGGAUGCAACAUGGUCUUUAGCUCCCUCCGGAGCCGAAAUCGACACAGUGCCAACCCCAACCCUAGACUUCACAUGCCAAUGAACAGGAACAACAGGGAUAAAGAUCUGAGAAACGGGUUGGCCAUCACCGGACUGGAAGAGAACAAACGGACGGAUUUUAAUAUUUUGCCUCCCGACAGUAGAUCCGUUUCCAGCUACGGAAGCUCUUGCAGCGAUUCAAAGACACAGCCAGGUUUUCACAGUACUGGCCAAAAUGGCAUUCUCUUUCCAAACUUGAGGACCGUGCAGCCAGUUCUUCCAUUCUAUCGCAGUCCGGUCACACCGGCUGAACUUGCAAAUACUCCCGGCACCCUUCCUUCCCUACCUCUGGUUUCCUCGUCAAUCCCUGAGCCGCUGGUUUCCAACGAAUCACCCUUUGACGCACUGCCCAAGAAAAAAUCCCGCAAGUCUAGCAUGCCCAUCAAGAUAGAGACAGAAGCCGUUGAUACCCCUAGCGCAACUCACGAAGUUGCCAGCUCGGAAGACGACAUGCCUCCUCGGCCGGUAAGUGACGGGCAUGUUGAGAUGGGCGGUUCUAGGAUAGAAAAAAACCCAAACCACCCAAUGGAAAAGAAGUCCCAUUCAGGUACAUCACAGAAAUCCAUUUCUGAAGAUGGAGGGCCGACAUAUUUUAAAUCUAUUGAGCCAAAUAACACAUGCGCCAACGCGGACGAGUUGCAUCGCCCUGAGAAAACAGCUAAGCCCGAACAAGGCAAAUUGUUAAAGGUAGUUUCUUGUGAAAAUGCCUGCAAAGAUUCAAACCAGCAGCGCGAUGUGAUCAAAGCAGUGACAGAACCCCAUGGCUAUCUUAAAGAGCAACUGAAUUACAGGAUCCCAAUGAACGACUGCGCUGAAUUGCGACACCACUUGCUGAGUAGGGGGGCGUUUGGCACACUGUCCGGUAGGAGUGUAGCUGUUCCUGGUUUCGAAGCUUUUAAAGAUAUAGAUCGUGUCAGUCAACAUGCGCCGCUAGGGCUUCAGAGGGAAGACAGCCGUUUCCAUUGUGACAUCUGUAAGAAGACCUUUAAAAACCCCUACAGUGUGAAAAUGCAUUUUAAAAACGUACACCUAAAAGAAAUGCAUAUUUGCACCGUGGAGGGUUGCAGUGCUGCCUUUCCUUCUCGUAGAAGCCGAGACAGACAUAGCUCCAACCUCAACCUUCACCAUAAGCUUUUGACCAAAGAUCCCUUGGAAAUCAAGAACCACCAUUUCAAUGCAACGUACCUCUUGAAGGAUAUGGCGAAAGAGAUUUGUCCGGACGACUCUUUGAUAGGACACGUUGGGCACCAAACGUCGGUCAUCUUCAAAGGGAUGAACAGGACUGGCAGCCUGGUUUUCCCAAUGAGCAAGAUGGGAGAGGCCUGCCCCGAGAGCUACCAGUAUGACCUGGUAAACGAUGGGGCCGUUCUGGAUUUAAGCACAACAUCCAGCAUCAAGUCGGAGGGCAGUGCUCAUUCCUCUUGGGAUUCUGACGGAGACAAUGAAGAAGGUCCUGGGGUUUUGGAGGACAGUGACGAAAGCUGUGAAAGUCCACCUUUGAUCCCGAAUGAAGACCUCUACCAAGACUGUUCUCUGGUGGAGAAGACUAACGAGAGUUUCUCAAGCAUACCUUCCAGUUUGCCAAUAACCUGCCACAUAUGCCAAAAAAGCUACAGUAAUAAAGGAACUUUCAGGGCCCAUUACAAAACAGUCCAUCUCCGCCAGCUCCACCAAUGCAAAGUCCCAGGUUGCAAUACAAUGUUUUCUUCCGUGCGCAGCAGAAACCGACACAGUCAAAACCCCAAUUUACACAAGAGCUUGAUCAGGUCAACAGGUAGCCCCCAGUAACAUCUCGCUGUUGGGCAGCAGCUUCUGUUUGGUUAAGAGUCAUCAUUUCAACUUUAAAAAGAAAAGUGUAAGAGUGAGGUUUCCCUUUGUUUUCUUUUCUUCCAGGGUGCUUUCUUCCACAGUGCACACUGAAAACACAGUUCUGCUUCCGUUUACACAGUAUGUGUUUUCACCGAGCAAAAUAGGGCACACCGACAACACUAGCCUGAGUUUUUCACUUAGAUGUAGAUACACACUUUAAAAAAAGAGAGGAUCAGGAGACAUAAUAAAGGUACUCUUGAUGGUUUGCAAUAUGAGACACAGUGAAGACACUAUUCCAAUGUUUCGUUUACAUGAUCAAUGUGGAGGGAUGGGUGGGAACUGCUGGGUGAGCCCAUUGGUUGAACUGGAGGGUUUUUAAUGCUGUCGUUUCUAUCCUGAGAUCAAGGAUGGGGAACCUGUGGCCCUCCAGAUGCUGUUAAACUCCAACUCCCAUAAUUCCCUGAGGCUGAUGGGAGUUUGGAGUGCCACAACAUCUUGAGGGACAUACAGGUUCCCCACUUAGCCCAUGCCAUAAUGCCAUGAUGGGGCUUUUUCCACACCUCUGUCUAACAUCGUAGUGUGAAGGCUGGGCUACACAUUACAAAAGAAAACACAAAGCUGUUUUUGAAAAUGGGAGCGCCAUGUCCAGUUUUCCCUUUCUCUCCCCAAUGAGUAAUAAAAAAAAUUAUCCCAGGGAUGAUAAACCUUUGACGCUCAAGAUGUGGUUAGACUGCAACUUGCAUCAUACCUGGCUAUUGGCCAUGCUGGUAGGACUGAUGGGAGAUGGAGUCCACAACAUCUGGAAGCCCACGCAUUCCUCUCUUUAUCCAUGUCAUAAUGUCAUUCUGUUGCAUUUUCAACACCUCUUCCCAGUGGCAACCAAGGGGAUAUGGAGGGGAAACUAAAUGCACGGACGUCAUUUUCAGCAACAGCGCCAUGCUUGUUUAACACGCACCUCUGCUCCGAGGCUGACUUUGCAGUAUUAAAUAAAUGUGGUGUUUCCCACGUAAUUUAUUAUUGAAUGCCAGAAACUAAAAUAGAGGUUUUAGGGAAAUGUAGCAUAUGAUUCUGGAGUUCUUGAUUUCAGGAGCUAUUUUACUUGAAGACGUAUUGUAAGGUUUUCUUCCACUGUGGGUUGUCCAUUAUUUUUACAACAUUUGAAGAAAGGAAAAGAACGAAAGGUCCCAGUUCUAGAAAAGACAUGUAAAAUUCUUGUCUAAAUGAAUAAUGAGGCUGGCUCCAAGAUGGAUCUGUAAACUUCCAGACGCCAGAAGCCACUCAGCAGUUCAUGGGUCUGUCUUGGAACCUGCUUCUGAGCUACUCCAUUUCUGGGUGUACACACACACACACACACACACACAAACACACACACACACGAGGACCAGCCUUGAGAAAAGAACAGAAUAUUCCCUCUUUGAUUAUUAUUAUUCUUUAAAAAGACUCUUGGUUAACUUUGGGAGCCUCUGAAAUGCAUCAGUUUGUACAGCCUAACGUGUCAUAACAUGCUUCCAAAGAUUUUUGAACCACAUACAGGACAUUUUAUAAAUGCAGUGUGUAUUUUUAUUGCACUUUUUGAUGGCUACAUUGGGUAUUCGGGGGGGGGGGCGUUACUCAGCAUUGUCCAGCAUUUUACAGGAAACAGCAUGAGAUUGGGGAAACUAAGUCAUUAUGUUUUGUUGAUGUAGUUGGAGAGAAUGCUGGUCUUUGUUGCAACAUAAAGAAGAGUAAUCCAUUUAGCUUUGUUGACACUCUCUUUUAUAUUAAAGCAUUGCUUAGUAUAAAUAUAAUAAUCUUGUUCAAUAUCCUUGUCACUGUACGUACCAGUAUUCUGCAUUAUGUUCUGUGCACUUAAUUUGAUUGGUCUUACGUUGUACUUUAAAAAAACCACUUUUAAAAUAUUUAAUUUGUAAUCAUGUCAUAGCAUUGCUGUGUUUGUGUACAUGGUGUGCUAAUGUCUUUGAUGAAAUAAUUUUGAAUAGCUUAGGGGGGUGAUACUUGUUUUUAUUGACUAAGCCUUUCAAAUUAUUUUUCCCCAUUCAAUCCAGUUUUGAUCUGUUGUGGUACCCAGGCAUGACACUGACUGCACAUUUUGUACAUACGAUGCCAAAGUAUUUUAAGAGUUUUUUGUGGUUUCUACAAUGUUCCUCUCCCCCUGGAGUUUGCAGUUUAGCUAAAUUUUAGUCUUGAUGCUUUAUUGGCUAGCUGGUGACUGAAAACUUUAGAUUGAAAUCUUGGGCUUAGUAUGUAGGGUGAAUAGGAAAAACUGUCCAUGGGUCUCAAUGUUUAAUUUAUUCUACACAAAAAAGUUUGUAGCACAAUUUCAUAUCACAGAGUAGAUUGGUGAUAUGUGUUGCUCUGAUGUGCCACAUUUGAUGGACACAGUUUGAUGUGCUGGAAUUCAGGCUGAGAUCACUCCAGGUUCAGUUUUUAUACACAGUAAACUAGUUUUCAGAUUUACAGCUGAUGCAGAUCUUCAGCUGAUUUAAAACGGAAGAUUCUAGCUAUGCAUAGCCAUCAGAAUUCUGAAUUUCCCAUGUCAAAGUGCUGGCUGGCUGGUUUCAGAUAGAUGUGGGACCAUUCAGAUAACCAGCUGCCACUUCUUCAAGAGAACUUGGGUUGAUUCUUAUCUGGAUUCCAGCUUUGCAAAAUGGGUUUGUGCACUGAUUUCUCAAGAGCAAAAUAGAGAGAGAGGGAGAGGAGGGUUGUUUGUGCUGCUGGCAGAAUACCCUUGGAUGUGGGUAUGGGUGUGUUGGGUGUGUUAGCAGUGCAGUUUCUGCAGCAGCAUGAAUAUUUACGUAAGGGCUUGAAAGAGCAGGGAAUAAACCACGACAUGGUGGCAAAGCAGAGGGAAAUUGAAGGUUGUGAAAGUGGCUUGCCAUUAGAUUUACAAAGGUUGAGACCUCCCAAACAAACACAACUCCAUUAAACAAAACAGAAAGCGGAGCUACUGCUGUGUGUUUAGACACACCUACAAGAAUUCCAAACCCACUGUGUGAGGUUAGAAAGAUGGGGAAACAACCAUUUUUUAGCUUUUCAGCAUGGUCCGAUCUGAUGUGGUGGUGCAGCUAGAGUAGACAAUUGAUCAGCCUGACAUUGGAGCUGUUUCCAAAUUCUCUAGGACAUACCCAGAUGAUUGAUCAGCCACAACAGGCUAAAAGCUCACCCACGGAGCAUUUUAUUGUGUUUCUGGUUUGGCUCCACGGUGCAGCAUUUGGGUACAAAGGAAGCAUCUCGAGGGACAGCAGGUACCAGUAAAUCAAGAUACAUUUCUAUGAAUGAGCCCUGGAUGGAGUGGCCACUUUGAGGGUCCUGCAAACAGUGUUAGUUUCAAAGCAGGCCUGGACAACUGGUAAUACAUGUUUGGCAGCCUACCAGAGACUCUGUAAACCUAUCUUGCUGUUUUAGAAACAGGUACUUUAAGCACUGAACCAGCUUAAGAGCUCCCCAUCCUUUGGGAGGACCUUCCCAGCCCACCUUUUUUGGGUCCCCAGAUGUGAACUUGCUGGGCUGAGUCUGGAAAGGCACAGUUUUGAUUUCCCACAAAGCCUGAGAGUGACACGACUGGUGCCAGGUGAGCAGGUGGGUCAAGCACCCACAGCGUGGGCCCUGCUGACAUUUGUCACUGGCAGCUGCCUGAUGAUCCCAGGUGUUAAUGCCAAUACUGGCCUAUAAACACCUGGCAAAGCUGGUGGGCUGCAUUCAGCUUAGUGGGUGAUCCAGGAAACUGAAUGUGCCCAAUUUUUGCUAGCUCUUAUAGCCUAGGAGGUUCAGGAUUAGCACCUGGUGUGUGUGUGUGUGUGUGUGUGUGUGAGAGAGAGAGAGAGAGAGAGAGAGAGAGAGAGAGGGAGAGGGAGAGAGAGAGAAGUGCUUAGCGCUGCCACAUCCACAGCUAUAAACGUAUCAUGAGCAGUUUGACGGAAAGGUAGAGAGAGCAAAUGGAAAUGAGUGCAUUUUUUUUUAGUGCUAUGCCAUGUUUUCCGCUAGAUGGAUACAAUAAUGAAACUAUUGCCCAGAAAACAUUUGUGUCCGAUGCUAUUUUGCAGCAGAAAUAAGACUACUUUUUUUCGUUUUUGCAACUGAACUGUGUCAUUUACUUUUCAUGUUGGAAUACUUGUUUGGAUAGAAAGUGGACUGCGGGGAGCCUGGGGUGGUAUGCAAUGCUAGUCCUACUCAGUGUAGACCCAUUGGGGUUAAUGGGCAUGACUAACAUAGGUUCAGUAAUUUUAAUGGAUCUGUUCCGAGUAGGACAUAGUUGAACACCACCCUUGGUCACUACAAGGUGGUCAAAACCAACAGGCUUCAGCCUUGAUGCGGCUAGGUUGUGUCACCCUACUGAAGUCAGUAUAACCGGGCGCAGGGUUGACGCCCAUUACCAAUAUUUCCAUUUAUUUCAAGCUCUGUUUUGUUGUCAUUGCUGUAUAAAUGUGCUUGCUUAAUCUUAAUAAGAUUUGGGGUUUUGUUUUUGUUUUUAUAAAAAAAAUGAAAGAAGCCUUUGUCGUAAAUGAAAGUUGUAAUGCCCAAUUCUUGAGGUUUGUUUUUUCACUGUUCCCCUUAAAGUAAUACCAUUUUGUAUUUUCUUCAGAAUUUUCUAUGUGUUAAUAAAAAAAUAUACAAUAAU